CAUCUCUGUCUGCUAUUUCUUCUUUGUGCUGUUAUGUACGGUAUAAGCCGUAUUUCAGAGCCAGAUCUGAGAGCUGUUAGAUUUGCAAACAAGAUAGAAGAACAAAAGCUGAACGGAAGCGUUAUAAGAGAAAUGGAAGUUGAUUUGGAAAUUUCUUGUCAUUCGGAGAGUGCAGAUGAACGGCGUAAAUCUUACAACUUUAGAACCAUUAAGGGCGACUCAGAGAAAUUCAUGCGUCAGCAAAGCGACUCUAAUCGAUUCGCUGGAUUUGCUAACUUUACUGAGGAUAAUAAUUUCAUUUACAGAGGAAUGAUGAGCCAUUGUGAGGUCAGCUCUUUCCUUUGUGCAAAGAACGAUAUCUGUGUUCCCAACCAUAAAGACAACACUGCAGAAUGCAAAUGUCGUUAUGCUUCUGGAUAUACUGGAGAACCAUGCAAAGCAAAAAGCUGCGCCCAACUACUUAAAGAUGGUUUCACCUCUGAAGGCGUGUACACCAUCAAUCCAGAUGGCGGUAAGCCAAUACCAGUGUUGUGUGACAUGACCACGAACGGUGAAGGUUGGACCGUUUUCCAGAGACGUUUGGACGGCUCUGUUGACUUCUAUCGUGACUGGAAAGCUUCCAAAGAGGGGCUCGGAAGUUUGAGCGGCGAGUUCUGGCUCGGAAACGACAAUCUUCAUCGUUUGACAGAUGCUAAUUACGUCAUGUUGAGAGUUGACUUGGAGGACUUUGAGGAGAACAUCACAUACGCUGAGUACAAGACAUUUAAGGUGGCAGACGAGGCUGAUAAGUACAGAAUCACUCUCGGAGAAUACAGUGGCACAUCGGGAGAUUCCUUUACACCUCAAAGCCAUAUGCAGUUUUCCACGAAAGAUCAAGAUAAUGAUCUAAAGGAUAUAAGCUGUGCCCAACACUACAAAGGGGCCUGGUGGUACAACGGCUGCCAUUGGUCCAAUCUAAACGGAUUGUAUUUAAAUGGCCAACAUGCCUCUCAUGCUGAUGGAGUCAACUGGGCCAUGUUAAGAGGCCAUCGCUACUCACUAAAACGCACCGAGAUGAAAGUAAAAACCAAGGGAUAA